AUGAUCUGCCGAGCCAUUGCAGCAGCAGCCGCACCUCAACGUGACCGAAACUUCUUCUUAAGCCUACUCAAAAGCGCCACAAAUCUCUCUCAGCUCAACCAAACCCACGCCCAGGUGAUUCUCAACGGCCUGAGCAAAGACCUCAUAGCCAUCACCAAGCUAACCCACAAACUCUUCGACGUCAAAGCCAUAUCCCAGGCCAAGCUUCUCUUCACCUCACUCUCCAACCAAAUCCCGCCUGAUAGGUUUCUCUACAAUGUGCUUAUCAGAGGCUUCUCCCAGAACAAAUCCCCGCUUGAUUCUCUGUCUGUUUAUGCUCAUCUUCGCGAAAAAACCACCCUUAGACCGGAUAAUUUUACGUAUGCUUUCGUUGUUUCGGCUGUUUCUUCACCCGGGCUCGAAAAAGUUGGGAUUUUGCUUCAUGGGCACGUGAUAGUUUCUGGGUUUAUCUCGGACCCCUUUGUGGGUUCUGCUUUGGUGGAUAUGUAUAUGGGCUUCUCGGAAGUUAGAUGCGCGUAUAAGGUGUUUGAAGGAAUUCCUAAGAGGGAUACUGUCCUUUGGAACACUCUGGCUUCUGGGUUGGUGAGGAAUUGCUUUUUCUAUGAGGCGGUUUGUACUUUUCGCGAUAUGGUUGUGGAGGGGACUGAGUUUGAUUCAACUACAUUGGCUGUGGUCCUUACAGCUACUGCUGAGUUGCAGGAGUUGAGAACUGGAAUGAUGAUUCAGGCUCUGGCACUGAAGGUUAGGUGUCAUUUUCAUGAUUAUGUUCUUACGGGAUUAGUUUCGUUUUACUCAAAGUGUGGAGAUGUUUCAACUUCUAGAUUGUUGUUUGGACUCUUAAAGAAGCCAGAUUUGAUAGCAUAUAAUGCCAUGAUUUCUGGGUUUACAGGUAAUAACGAGACUGAAUCUGCCGUAAGGCUUUUCAAAAAACUGCUCGUUUUGGGUGAAAAGGUUAAUUCGAGUACCAUUGUUGGAUUGAUUCCUGUGUCUAUUCCAUUUGGUCAUUUGGAGCUUGCGCAGACAAUCCAUGGGUUCUGUGUAAAGUCUAAUAUGGUUUUUAAUUCUUCUGUUUCAACUGCACUGCUAACUAUUUAUACGAGGCUCAAUGAGAUGGACUGCGCACGACGACUUUUUGAUGAGUCCCCUGAUAGAAGUUUGGCAUCCUGGAAUGCAAUGAUCUCUGGGUAUGCACAGAAUGGAUUAACGGAAAUGGCUAUAUCUCUUUUCCAAGAAAUGCAGAUGCUUGACAUUCAUCCCAAUCCAGUUACAAUCACCAGCAUUCUUUCAGCAUGUGCUCAACUGGGAGCUCCAAGUCUGGGAAAAUGGGUCCAUGAUCUGAUAAAGAAGGAGAAUUUUGAGUCUAACAUCUAUGUUUCAACUGCUCUGGUUGAUAUGUACGCAAAGUCUGGAAGCAUUGAAGAGGCUCGGAGGUUGUUCAAUGCCAUGACUGAGAAGAAUGAUGUGACCUGGAAUGCAAUGAUUUCUGGAUAUGGACUUCAUGGUCAUGGGCAUCAAGCAAUAUCACUAUUUCAUGAGAUGUUAGAUUCUGGAGUCACACCAACAGGAAUUAGUUUCCUUUCAGUUUUGUAUGCCUGCAGUCAUGCCGGCUUGGUAGAAGAAGGCAAAAAAAUUUUCGAAUCUAUGGUCCAUGAUCAUGGUUUUACGCCCUCAGCUGAGCAUUAUGCCUGUAUGGUUGACCUCCUUGGCCGAGCUGGAAAAUUACAGUAUGCUUUGGAAUUUAUAAAUCAGAUGCCUAUUCAUCCAGGUCCUGCUGAGUGGGGUGCACUAUUAGGUGCUUGCAUGAUUCACAAGGACAGUAACCUUGCUCGCUUUGCUUCUGAUAAGUUGUUUGCAUUGGAUCCUGAAAGCAUAGGAUACUAUGUCUUACUCUCAAAUCUGCACUCAGUUGACCGUAAUUAUCCUCAAGCUGAAUCGGUGAGGCAAGUGAUUAAGAAAAGGAAUCUUGCAAAGACCCCUGGCUGUACUUUGAUUGAGGUGAAUGGGCAUCCAUAUGUUUUUAAGUCUAGUGACCGGUCUCAUCCACAGACAGCUGCAAUUUAUGCCAUGCUGGAAAAGUUAAUGGGAAAGAUGAUAGAAGCAGGAUUUCAGACGGACACUGUUAUAGCUUUGCAUGAUGUGGAGGAUGAAGAGAAGGAACUGAUGGUGAAGGUCCACAGUGAGAAGUUGGCUAUUGCUUUUGGACUCAUAACAUCUCAACCAGGAGCAGAGAUCAGGAUUAUCAAGAACCUCAGGGUCUGUUUAGACUGCCACAAUUUCACAAAAUUUGUAUCGAAAAUCACUGAAAGACUCAUUGUUGUUAGGGAUGCUAACCGAUUUCAUCAUUUUAAUGAUGGUCUGUGUUCAUGUGGUGAUUAUUGGUAAACCACCUCCCAUUUGCCCACAAAGAUUGCAAGGUUGGCACAUGGGAGGUUGUUUUACAGAAGUGCUAAAUCAGGAGUGCGUCAUCCUCCAGUGCUUAUUUUCAGAUGUACAUAGUGAGUAAAUCUUUUCUUCUUGUUGUUGGCAUCAUGCAUAUUUUUUUUUUAAAGAAAAUC